GAAAGAGAAAGAACAAGAAUGUAGACGCUAAAGUAUCUCUAAAGAACCACUACAGGACCAGGACCGAGGAGAACUGAACCACUACAGGACCAGGACCGAGGAGAACUGAACCGCUACAGGACCAGGACUGAGGAGAACUGAACCGCUACAGGACCAGGACUGAGGAGAACUGAACCACUACAGGACCAGGACCGAGGAGAACUGAACAACUACAGGAGCAGGACUGAGGAGAACUGAACCACUACAGGACCAGGACUGAGGAGAACUGAACCACUGCAGGACCAGGACUGAGGAGAACCACUACAGGACCAGGACUGAGGAGAACUGAACCACUACAGGACCAGGACUGAGGAGAACUGAACCACUACAGGACCAGGACUGAGGAGAACUGAACCACUGCAGGACCAGGACUGAGGAGAACCACUACAGGACCAGGACUGAGGAGAACUGAACCACUACAGGACCAGGACUGAGGAGAACUGAACCACUACAGGACCAGGACUGAGGAGAACUGAACCAUUACAGGACCAGGACUGAGGAGAACUGAACCACUGCAGGACCAGGACUGAGGAGAACGGAACCACUACAGGACCAGGACUGAGGAGAACUGAACCACUACAGGACCAGGACUGAGGAGAACUGAACAACAAUGGACUAUGAACCAAAGAAAUCCAAAAAGGGUUUCGUCUCCCCCAUUAAGCGGAUGGUUUGGUCCAAGUCUCGUCGCAGGUCGGUCGAUCGCGGCAGCGUUUACCGCCGCCCGCUGCACACCGUCCCCCUGUACCCCCCCGACUACGUCAUCCACCCUGAGAGACUGAUCUUCGACUAUGUGGAGAAGGAGGUCAAGUUCCUCGGUCACCUGACCUGGGUGUCGGUCACACUGAAUCCCUCCAGUCGAGAUGAACUCUUACAGCUACUGGACACAGCCAGGCAGCUGAAGGUUCUGCCGCUGAGGACCAGUGUGGACCAGGACUGUAUUCUGAGUCUGUCCGCUCGAUGUCUCCUGCUGACGUGGAGGGACAACGAGAAGCUGCUGAUGAGGGUUCCCACUCAUGAGAUCGCUGCUGCCUCCUACCUGAGAGACGACGCACUGCACCUGCUGGUCCUCAAGACGGGUCUGAACGUGGACACUGUGGUGGCCGGGGACGACAGCCUGGACAGGAAGAAGCCGACAGCCAUCGAUGGGCGUCGCCAAACGAUGAGCUGCAAUGCUGACCCGCGGCCAGCUGGGGGCACUAUGGAGCGGCGACACACCAUCUGUGGAGUGGACUGGAGGCCGUCACUGUCCAGGGGUACCCAGGAGAAGAACCUGAGCGUGGACCGGGGGGUUGGAGGGGGUGGAGGGGGUGGAGGAGGUGGAGGGGGAGGAGGGGGGGAGAGAGGAGGAGGAGGUAGUCUGGAGAGGAAGAGGGUGGGAGGCAGCUGGGAGAGGAGGCAGCAAACACGUAAACCUGGAGGCAGCUGGGAGAACCGCAGGGCGAGGCCCGUGAGCGGGAGCUGGGGGGUGGGGGGGGGAGGAGCUGGGAGCUGGGAGAGGAGGCAUGGAGGAGGGGGGGGAGGAGGGGGCAGCUGGGAGAGGAGAGGAGGAGGAGGAGGAGGAGGAGGAAGCUGGGAGCGACGGCAGGCCUGCACAGGAAGCUGGGAGCGGGGGAAGAGCUACGGCAGCUGGGAGAGGAGGAACCACAACCCGCUGGAGCCCACGCCCUGUCCGGACGCCUACUGCAACCUGGUCAUCCUGGCUGUGGACAACCGGGACGCUGCAGAGGAAUACUGUUCUCUGAUCUGUCAGAUGUUCCAGAUCAUUUAUGGUCAUCAGACCAUCGAGUGUGUGGACAGGGCGGGGUUUCACCACACCAUGCCGGACCGCUAUUGGCUGCAGAGGAGUGACAGUUGUUUGAGUGACAGCUCGUUCAGUUAUGAUCCAGAGUUCAGCUGCUGCAGCUCGUAUGACGGCUCCCAGGAAGCCUUCGAGCUGUACUACAGUGAGACGUACAGUGAGAGUUCCUCAGUGUCUCUGCACGAGUCUCGUCACAGUCUGACCUCAGCCCAUGAGCAAGGAGACAGUGACCCCGCCCUGCUGCUGAUGCACGAGUACAUGAUCACACUGAGAAACAAGCUGAGUGCAGUGGAGCUGCAGCAGUUCGCUGUGUUACUGAGAGAAUACAGACUGGGAUCAAACAUCCACCACUUCUGCUCCGAGCUGCUGCAGCUGUACGGAGACGACCACAAGUUCCUGCUACUGGGCAUGCGUCCAUUCAUCCCAGACAAAGAUGUUGGAGUGUUCGAGAGUUUCCUGGAGAGCAUCGGGAUCCGAGAGGGCGGGAUUCUAACCGACAGCUUUGGACGCAUCAAACGCAGCAUGAGCAGCACGUCCGCCACGGCCAUGAGAGGCAGGUACGACAACUCCUCUCACGCCUCAGGAUCUCAGGACUUCAACCGACGCAUCUCGGACAUCGCCCACGACAUCCAGGCGCUCGGCUUCCAGGACACACACGGAGACAUCGAGGAGGAGGACUACUACCUCUGAUGGAGGGACCCUGCCCAAGUGCCUCUGAGCAACACCGACACGUCACACCACAUUUUCUCCUCAAUGUUUACGUCCUGAUGUCGGGGCCUUUUCUGAUGAUGUCACAGUAACUAAGUUAUUGAUCAGAACAAUAAAGUUUUCUUUGAUCAAUUCCACUGACAUAACUGCAGUUUAUCAGUGCAUCAUUGUUAAAACUUUAAUUGUGGGAAUUUUGAGAUAGUAUUUUUGAAUAUUUAGUAUUCGUCUUCUUCUGAACAUUUUCCAAUCAUUGUUAAUUUCAAUCAUCCAGGUGUGAGAACAGUCAGGUCGUUCAGGGGCUGCUAGUAUUUGUCUUUUUAUUCUUUUCAAACAUUCAAUUUCUUCAAAAACCUUCAGAUCUUUCAGAAGAACCUACUUCUUCAGACUCUGUGAGAUUUCAUCUAAAUUGUAUAUUCACGUCUCAGCUGCAGAACAAAAUGGAAAUCCUCAAAGAAAAUAAUCUGGGUCAGCUAACUCCGAUCGAUCGAUAGAUCGAUAGAUCGAUAGAUGGAUGGAUGGAUGGAUGGAUAGACAGACGGAUGGAUAGAUGUGUGUUUCUCUCUCUUCCAGCUCUACACUGACCCAUUAUCCUGGCUGCAUCACCCUGACCUACUCCUCUUUGCUCUGCCACUGAGCAUCAGAGAGAGAGAGAGAGACAGUGCACCAUCAUUAUGUAACAGAACAAUACUGUGUAUCAUCAGCUGUGAGUGUGUCUCUGUGUGUGAGUGUGUGUGUAUGUGUGUGUGUGUGAUAUAAACGUGAUCUGCAUCAGAUUACAGCUCUGUAAUCUCUGCAGUCAUCCAUGUGUGAUCGUUUACAAUCAUAUCCUCACCAUCCUGCAGGGCGCACACACACACACACACUUUCAGUUUUACUGUUAAUAUUUGUUUAGUGUUUCUCUUUUGUUCGUCAUCUGAAAAGAUUUGCUGUCAUGUACGAAAAGUUAUGUGUGAAUAAAGUUGUAUUGAUUGAUAGAACCGACACAAUGUGCUUUUAAAGUUGGUGUUUGUUAAAAAUUCUAUUUAAUCUAAGUUUAGUUUUUUUGUAAUUUGUCAAACAGAAAUGUAAUAAAGUCACAAUCUGAAGA